UCUCCCGGCUGUGUAUUGCCCUGCGCAAUAUUGUUUUGCACUGGGGUUAAAUUCUGGGAGGACAUCGACUCUCUCUGGCCGAGCAGGCUUGGUUGCCAGUUUGCCGCAAUGCCAGCGCCUGGGUCGGCCGACUCCUCGGCUGCUCCUGUCGAGUCGACUCGGCCACUCGGGCGACGCUUAUCGGCAAGCUGUUCACACAAGCCGCUACGAGUCCAAGGAGAACCGAUACCAUUAGAGCGCCACCAGACUCAGAACUGCUGGUGGUGUUAGAUGCAUCGGACAGGCGACAGAUUAGAGGAAGGCUUCGAGGGAGGAAGCGGCGCCUGCUGCUGGCGAUCGACCUGAGAGCGGGUUUCGGGAUUAGUGCACCCCGGCUGGGCACUGGGGGCGAGUGAGUCGAAAUCGAUAGGCAAGAGUGGGCAGAGAUAUUGGCUGCAUCCUCCCUCAUCCUUUGUCGAAUGGCGAUGGCGCCGUUCUCUCCAGACCAAGAAUGGCUGUGGGAUGGUCUGGGGUCGCAUGGAUCGCUCGGCUGCUCCGCCGCGCCAUCAAGGGUGCUCUUGGCUGCCCGAUCGCUCAACCUGCCCAGCAACCCGUCUCCUCCUCCAUCUGCGCAUCACCCGCCAUCCAAGCGAUGGAGGCCCCGCUUUCGCCUGAACGUCCGCCCGGCGGCUAUUACUUUACGGACGACGGCCCUGUCUAUCACGAGCGGCCACGGGACAUCCACGACCUCCCCGACGACGUCCUCCUGAAGAUCUUCAAGCUGCUACAGCCCGACAUCAUCGACAGGCUGAACUAUGCCGACCGUCUGCCGAAGCUACCGCCCAGCCAGCGGGCAAAUCGGGUUGCCUGGAGCCCCCACGCCUCUCUCCCGUGCGAGCUCGUCCUGUCCGCCGUAUGUCGGCGAUGGAGAAAGACUGCUCUGCGGCUGUUCUUUGCAUCGUCGCUCAACCUGGCUGGAUAUCUGAGUCCCUAUCGGCUCGUACGCUUGGCAAGAAUGGAGUAUGGGUUCGAAAAGCCCCUGGCCCUCUAUUCAUCCGACCGAACCCGACUAGAGAACCUGCGAUCGCUGAUGGUCCUUGUGCCGGGUAUCUCGGAGACGGCCUUUGUGAAUCUCCUGAACCUGAUCCACUCGCUCGAGUCGGUUCCGCUCUUGGAAAGGCUCGACAUUUGCAUCCGCAAGGGCGAAUGGGGGGCAACCACGACCUCCUCCGACAACUUCAUGGUAGAUUGCACUGGCCUUGCCCGGAGCAUACUUGGGGCCCUCACGUCGUUUCUGGAAGCCAACCGAGGAUCAGAAAAGAACCCAUUCCGACAGCUCACGACCUUCUCGCUUUCAAUAUCGACAAACGAGCCCAUGGCGAUUCCAUCGCAGUUCUUUACAGCCUUGAAGGCCUCUUGUCCUGCGAUCCACACCUUCAGCCUUCGAGGAUGCCACGAGCUUGACGAAGAACCCAGUGCUCUCAUCGGAAAAAGUCAUCUGGUCGAGACGAUCGCUCUACUGAGCCCGACAACCCUGUGGCUCGAAAAUAUGAUGGUCCAGCUGGAUGAGUUUGCCGCCGAACCGCAGGUCGCCAGCCGCAUCCAAAGCCUGACGCUCACCAACUUGAUGUUCAUCUCCGGCGAUCUGGAGAAGUUUACUGGACUGACGGAGCUCUUUUUGGGACCUGUGAUGGAUCGGUGUAUACUCGGGGCUCGCCGAAUCCGCCCACUCAGCAAGCCGACGAUUCGUGCAGCCAAGCAGCAACUCCAGGUGUGGUUGGAUGAGCCAUGGUUGAUGCCAACGACUCUACUUUUGGAGCAAAACGACGAGCAUGUUUCGGGCAAGCUUUUGAACUCGCUUAAUCGGGCAACAGUCGCGAAUCUUCAAAUCCUCACCGUCGGCGCAAUCCUGCCCCUCGACAUUUAUGCAUUUUUUUCGCGCUGUGUCCCGAUGGACUCCCUCUCGAUAUUGUCGCUACGACCGACGCCGCUACUGGAGUUUCCCGAGUUUGAGAUCAUUAUGGGCAAGUGCCCCAACUUGAAGGUCGUCGACAUUGGCAUCGGCGGCCGCUUUCCGAUAUCGAGACUGGGGAAGAUUCUCAAGGGAGCCGCGUGGCGCGGCCUCCGGUGGGCUAUUUUCUGGGUGGAAGUCGACGUUUGGAAGGAAUGCAUCAUUAAUCAGGACAAGAUUGCUCUGCAGAGCAUGAUGCCCACCGAGCAGGAAAUCAGCGCGCAGUCAGCUGGUCCGUCCGCAGCCCUGCUGCCCAGCAACUCCAAUGUGCCGCUCGCCCCCAAGGAUGCAAGGGCCGCUGAUGUCGUCCCCGUGGACAAGUAUGGGAUGGCGCUUCCUCCAUCGCCGACACCGCGUUCAGCUGGUGUCGGGUCCCCUGCAAGGAGUAGCUCUGCGCGCUCUCCGAGCAUUCAGUCAGCAUCCCUGUCACCGCUCUCGUCUCGAGCUGGCUCAAUCGCGCGGCUGAUGAACCCCGACAAUGCGCAAGCACGACCAAGCUGCAUCAUCGACUUUUUGUGUUUGUUCCGCGGCCCAUGAGCCGCCAUGGUCGCCAGGUGCUGCAGUUUUUCUGCUGGGCUGUGGCUAUGGGCAGAGGUUUUAUGGAUCCUUAAUACAAGAGGAGAUCCCUCCCCCGAACGAGCACUGUGGGCAUCCAGAAUCCAAGAACGGCCGCCACUCUCUGAGGC